AUGGACGGCGCCGAUGAGACGCUCUCCGACGGCGAGGUGGUCUCUAGCAACGUCCUGGAGAUCCGCCUACUGGAGCGCAUCAUGCGAGAGUGCUACGUGGAGGAGCAGCGGUGUGAGGAGGAGCUGGGUAUCCUUGGCCAGCUGUUGGCAAAAGAGCUCACGGAGCCGCAAGAGCUGAAGAGUGCCCUGAAGAACGAGGCUCCCGAGGAAGUGCCUGAGGAGGUCCCGGAGAUCGCGGCGCCCUCCAUGGGCCUCGAAGACCUCGCGCGCAUCGCGCUCUCCUGGAGCACGCGCCGCGCGGCGUGA